AUAUACACUUUGAUAUAAUAACAAAAUGUGGCAGUCUAGCGUACAAACACACAUUCAAUAUUAUUAUAAUUCAUGUAUACCUCUAUGUAUUCAAUCCGCUAAAAAAUACAUAUAUUGGUAUUUGUAUAGUCUGUAAGUGGCUACUACCACAUUUGUUUCUAUCAUACAUCUGUUUGUUAAUGGCUUUACACAGCAAAAUCCUUAGGCUAUACAAAAUAGUCUAAAAGUGUGUUAUCUGUUUUACAUGAUGUUGCAGCCCCUCCUUCAACACCUCAAUCAACAACUGAAACUACAUCGCCGACCACUGUUUCUACUAAAUUAUCAUCUAGCCAAGCUUCACCUUAUCCUACCAAUACACAAGAAACAAUGGCUAACGUUAGUACAGUUUGUUAUGGUUCACCAGGUAUAGGAGGAUGUACUGAACAUAAACUAAUCUGUACAGAACCAUUGGCUAUAUCAAUAACUAAUAUAACGUUUGGAUAUAGACAAGGCUGUGUACCUGUAUCGAGCUGUAUUAAUACAACAUGUUGUAGAGAACAACCUGGAGAUUGUUUUACACCUUACAACCAAACUCUUCUAUCACAACUACAACAAACAUGUAAUGGUAGAUCAACUUGUACACUUUAUAGAAAUAAUGGCUUGGAUGAAAGAUCUUCAUAUUGUUUUAAUGGUAUCCCUAUAAUUCAUUCCUACAGCAAGAUAGAAUAUCUGUGUACAACAAACGAGUUACCUACUCCGGCAUCAGACAGUACAACAACAGGUUUCGUGUUAACUACUAGAAGUGAAACAGAUACAUAUGUAGGAGCUAUUGUUGGUGGUAUAGUCGGUCUUUUAUUAGUUAUUGGUAUUGUCGGUGUUGUCAUAUUCUUUAUAAAAAGGAGAUUGAAUAAGUUGAAAUCACAGACCGAACGCCAAUAUGAUUCACCACCAACUAGAGUCAAUGAUCAACCAACAGCUGUUUAUUAUUCAGUUAAUACUAGACUACAGACAGAUGAACAGACACAAUACAUUAAUGAACAUCAACUCUCAAUCACAACCAAUGGACAAACACCAACCACCGACACAACUCAGGAUUAUGAACAUGCAUAUGACUCGGCUCCAAGUGAAGUCACAGAUGGACCAAGAGCUGUGUAUGAUUCUUUAAAUACAAGAGAACAAACUGGGUACUAUAAUAUGGGUAACAUCGAUACCACUGAUGAUAGUCAAUUCUCAACUACAGACAAUGGACGUACACCAAUCAACACGAACAAUCAAGAUUAUGAACACACAUACUCUACUCCAGACAGGGACACAAAUGGAAUCAAAGCUGUUUAUGAUUCAUUAAACACAAGAGAACACACUGGUUAUUACAAUAUGGGUAAUAUCAAUACCAAUGAUGAUAGUGUACAACCAGGAACAGCCAAUGAAAUAACACAAAAUCGAACAUAAGCUUAAUUGUUGCUACAUAAAUAGUAAGUGUA